CAGCAGCAGCUUCCAGCUUAACAUGAUGCUUUACGGAGCGACCAUCUUCUUCUGCCUUGCGAUGGCGGUUCACUGCAUCCCCCUAUCACGAAAUGACGCAGGGGACCCGGAUGAGGACGCAGCCAAGACCUACUUGAAGAAGUUCUACGAGCUAAAGGACAAUCCAGAUGAUAGAGUUUGGCGCUUCAAUCCAUUCACCCUGAAGCUGAAGGAGAUGCAGCAGUUCUACAGGCUCGAGGUGACAGGAGUGGUGGAUGACAAAACGCUGGAGGUGAUGAAGAAACCGCGCUGCGGGGUCCCAGAUAUGGCCGAGUAUUCCAACUUUCCAGGGAAUCCAAAGUGGCCCAACAACCAGGUGACUUACAGAAUCGAGAACUACACACCUGACUUGUCUCCGUCCGAAGUGGACCGGGUCCUAAAGGACGCCCUUGAAGUCUGGGCCAAGGUCACUCCUUUGCAAUUCACACGCAUCAACUCCGGUGUGGCCGACAUCAUGAUCUCCUUCGGCCGCAGAGACCACGGAGACCCUUACCCAUUUGACGGACCCGAGGGCACCCUGGCUCACGCUUUUGCACCUUCCGCGGGCCUUGGGGGCGACACUCAUUUCGACGAGGAUGAGACUUUUACCUCUCGCACUACAGCAGGGUACAAUCUGUUCAUGGUGGCAGCCCAUGAAUUUGGCCACGCCCUUGGCCUGUCUCACUCCACGGACCCUGGGGCUCUUAUGUACCCAAUAUACAGCUACAGAGAUCCAAGCACCUUCAUUCUUCCCUUGGAUGACGUGAAGGGAAUACAGUCACUUUACGGUGUGGGAGGAAAAGGUCCAGUACCACCCCCUAAAACACCUGACGCUUGCGACCCCAACCUGGUCCUGGACGCUGUCACAUCUCUGCGUGGAGAGAUGAUGUUCUUCAAAGACACGUUCUUCUGGCGUAGUUUGCCCGACGUCAGCCAGAGAGAAUUGCACCUCAUCAAAAGCUUCUGGCCAGAAGUUCCCAACAACAUCGAUGCCGCCUAUGAGAAUCCCAGCCUGGACAGGGUGUUCCUCUUCAAAGGUAAUCAAGUCUGGGCUCUGUCAGGCUAUGAUAUUGUGCCUGGCUACCCGAAAAAACUCACCAGUAUGGGUCUGCCAGCCAGGCUUCAGAAGAUAACUGCCGCCUUGUAUGACAAAGACAGCAGAAAGACGCUGUUUUUCAUGAACAAGCACUACUUCAGCUACGACGAGAGCAACGGCAAGAUGGAUAAAGGCUACCCCAAACUGGUGAGGAAUACUUUCCCAGGCAUGACCGAGAGAGUUACGGCGGCAUUACAACUCCAAGGGUUCACGUACCUGUUCAGUGGUCGGCGCCUAUACGAAUACAGCCACCAGCGCGAGGAACUGCGCCGCGAGCUUCCCGGAACACACUUCUUUAACUGUUGAGACACCACGUCUCGAAGCAGCCUUCCUGUUUAUCUAUCAGCAUUAUUUAUUGCAAUGAUUUUUAAAUAUUUGAACUUAAGCUAUGCAAUUACAAGUAUCGCCCUUUACAAUAUAUUUAUUACAAUUUCCCUAAAUUAUUU